AUCCUGCUCCCAAACUGGCUUUUUCCUCCUCACGCGCUUUUCACCGCAGUCGUCCGCCUCUCUUCCUCCAGCUCCGCUCGCUCGCUCGCGCGCGCGCUCUCGCUCUCCCUCUCUCCCCCUCGCUCCCUCUUUUUUUUCCUCCUAUUUAUGAAAACGUCACUUCAAGUCCCUCCCUGUUUGAAUCUCAUUAGUUUCUUGUGUGUUUCUCCCUGUCAAUAAUCCUGAAUCCAGACUCUCUCUAUUUCCAUCCCUCUCUAUCUGUCAAUCAGCGCCGCCUUUGAACUGAAAACCACUCCGACCAACUUCAACUCACUCAAUCCGAGCGGCUCGGCUCCUUCUCCGGCUUCCUUUUUCUGCCAAGAUUCCCUUCUUUUUUAGUUUUGUACCAACCAGCCAGAGCUUUGGAAAACGCCAAUACAGACCCCAAACUUAAACUCGGACUUUCUAGAUCCCCGAGAUCAAGGGUUUAAAACUUUGUGUUUUUGCCCCCCCAGACAAAAAAAAAAUUUUUGCUCGGGAAAAAUGCCGCAGCUCAACGGAGGGGACGAUCUGGGCGCAAACGAUGAAAUGAUUUCCUUCAAAGACGAAGGGGAGCAGGAAGAGAAAAUUUCGGAGAACUCCUCGGCAGAAAGGGAUUUAGCAGAUGUCAAAUCUUCUCUUGUAAACGAGUCGGAAACGAAUCAAAACAGCUCGUCGGAUUCGGAGGCGGAAAGACGGCCUCCGCCUAGAUCUGAAACUUUCAGAGACAAAACAAGAGAAAGUUUAGAGGAGGCUGCGAAAAGGCAAGAUGGAGGGCUGUUCAAGAGCCCACCGUACCCGGGCUAUCCAUUUAUAAUGAUCCCCGAUCUCACAAGCCCCUACCUUCCCAAUGGAUCACUUUCUCCAACAGCACGCACAUACCUACAGAUGAAAUGGCCCCUGCUAGAUGUUCAACCAGGAGGUCUUCAAAGUAGACAAGCACUUAAAGAUGCCAGGUCCCCGUCACCGGCACACAUUGUUGGGCCCUUCUGCUGGGAAUUCCCCGGACAGUUUCAUUUGUCUAAUAAGGUUCCAGUGGUACAGCACCCUCACCAUGUGCACCCUCUCACGCCUCUGAUCACCUACAGCAAUGAGCACUUCACACCGGGGAACCCCCCACCUCACCUACAGACAGACGUGGAUCCCAAAACAGGAAUUCCAAGGCCUCCACAUCCUCCAGAUAUAUCUCCUUAUUACCCACUGUCACCUGGCACUGUCGGCCAGAUCCCCCAUCCGCUAGGAUGGUUAGUACCACAGCAAGGUCAACCUGUUUAUCCAAUCACAACAGGGGGUUUUAGACACCCCUACCCAACUGCGCUCACUGUCAACGCAUCCAUGUCAAGUCUUCUGUCCUCUAGGUUCCCCCCACACAUGGUGCCCCCCCACCACAGUUUGCACACCACCGGCAUCCCACACCCAGCCAUCGUCACACCCAACGUCAAGCAGGAGUCGUCCCACAGCGACAUCAGCUCUCUCAACAGCUCGAAACAGACGGACGCCAAGAAGGAAGAGGAGAAGAAGAAGCAGGUCCACAUAAAGAAGCCGCUGAACGCCUUCAUGCUCUACAUGAAGGAGAUGCGGGCCAAGGUGGUGGCGGAGUGCACGCUGAAGGAGAGUGCAGCCAUCAACCAGAUCCUGGGGCGGCGGUGGCACGCCCUAUCGCGGGAGGAGCAGGCCAAGUACUACGAGCUGGCCAGGAAAGAACGACAGCUCCACAUGCAGCUGUACCCAGGCUGGUCAGCACGAGACAACUAUGCGGCUAACCAACAGGGGAAAAGGAAGAAGAGAAAAAGGGAAAAGCAGCAAGCAGAGAGCAAUGAACACAGAGAAUAUUUUCCAAACCCUUGCCUUUCACUCCCUCCGAUUACAGAUGCAAAUACCCCAAAGAAGUGUCGUGCCUUGUUCGGGCUUGACCAGCUGAGUUCAUGGUGCAAACCAUGCAGGAGAAAAAAAAAGUGCAUUCGCUACAUCCAAGGUGAAGGCAGCUGUGCCAGUCCUCCCUCUACGGACGGAAGCUUACUAGACUCCCCCCCACUCUCCCCCUCCUCAGCGGUCCCCUCCCCCUCCUCAAAAGAGUCCAAACCUCAGACUGAACAAAUGCAACCUCUCUCACUGACUAUGAAACCGGCCCACCAGCCACUCCACCACCCGCACCUCCUGGCUGGGCCUCCACCGCCAUCUUUGGCUCAGCUGGAAAACUCGGCUGCAGCCGGCAAAACGCCCGGCGCCUCCCACAACGGAGCCCUGGAGCACGGCGACGUCUCGUCCUCGCGGCAGCCGGGCUCCUCUGUGGCGUCCUCACUGGCCCGGCCCUCGGCUUCGCUGUGUCAUUCCCACUCGCUCAUCCCCUCCACGGCCCCUCAGCCUCUGUCGCUAGUGACCAAGUCUAUAGAAUAGUCUACCCUAUUCUUCUUCUCCUCUUUUCUAGCUCCGCGCACACACAAACAGACACACACCUUUCGAGGCCCUCUCUCUGCCACUAUAUUUCACACGCCGUCAGUUUGUUUUUUUCUUUCCCGUUGCGUUUCUAUGCCAUACGGCUUUGGAAUCUUAGUUUUUGUUUUAUUAAAGUUCAUUGGUCAAUAUUUGACCUAUCAUUAUCAAAAAUCUAAUUAUUAUAAAGAAAUGAUACAAUGAGCUGUAGUAUAGCUUUGUGAAUCUGCCAAAAUUUUUAAGCAUUUUGUUUUGUCUUUUUUGUAGUGUUAAACAGUGCAAACAGAAAAAAAUUAUCUAGUUCCACUUCCAAAUGUUUAAAAGACGGAUAUAAAAAGGUAGGCUAGAUUAUUCAACGAGCCCUUUUCUUGAAAGAGUUGGUUCUCCUUCUUUAUUUGUAUUAAAUACGAGCUUGCGAACCAAUCAUUUGACAUCAGUUCAAACUCUCGGAGGGCAUGAGGCUAGCAGUGACACCUCUCUGAGGGACAACUUUAAUUGUGAUGUUACUUGUUCUUGUUUAAAUGUACAGAAUAAUGGGGAGGGGGGAUUACUGUGUUAAAUAUGCAUUCUUCCACUGCGUUGUCUUUUUUUUCUCUGUUGUUUACCUUUGGGGUGGAGUCAGGCAAGUUGGGUGGGCUUGAGGGGAGGUCGGGGUGGGAGGGUCGAGGGUUAUUAAAAUGUCACAACGCUAGGACCAGUAGUAUUUAUUGCUUUAGAGAUUGCUUGUUGUAUCUUGUACGUGUCUCUUUUUAAAUUUCUGUUCUUAAUACAUUGUACAAAUAUUUUUUCUUAAGGUAAGCGACUUAUAUAUGAAUGAUCCAUUUUUACAAGGAGGUUUUAAAAGGCAAAUCUUUUGUUAUGGAUUUCUUUCCUCACUGAAAACCUGGAUUCCGCUCAGUGUACUGUGUAGAUCUCAUAAAAAGAAGUAUGCACAAUUUCAUUUCAAGAAAUGCGUCUAUAAGCCAUUUUACAAAAAAGAAGAAAAGAAAACUUGAAACAAAAGGCAGUGGGUACCGUGUCUUCAGUAGUUGGAAAAGUGUCUAAAGCCCUUCUUUUUUAUUGCACAGUCUCAUCUCUCGGACUGUAGAUUGGUGUACAGAUUUUCCGUGCCAAAUUUUGUGAUAAUUUUCUCUGCCCCGCUAACCAUGCUGUAGGGAUACACUUUUUUUUUUUGUUCGUUUGUUUUGUUGUCGUUUGUUUCUUUAAUUUCAAUGCCAUUCUUUGCUGUGACGUUACAUAGAUUGCUAUGUAUGUAGUAUAAAUGUUGCUAUAACAAAUGUGUUUGGUAGCAAAUUGUCAAAUAUUAAAAUUUAAACUUAAUAAAAAGACGGACAUCAUACUGUAUAAACCCACAAGGGCCAAAUUAUGUAUAUUAGGAGGUUCAUAAAAAAACUAUUAAAUACAAAAAAAUACACAAACUGCCACUUUUAAGUACACUACUACAUAUAGGUAGAUAGAAAAAAAUAGGCAUGUUGAUGUUGCAAGAGGCUGUAAAAAAAGCUACAAGAGAAUCAUCCACUCGGUGCCAUUGUAGUUGACAUGACGCGACUGUAAUCUGUCGAUUUCUUCUCUGGUUUAUUAAGAUGCUAAUGAUAAAUAGUUUGAAUGUUUCCUUAACGGCUGUGAUGUUCCUGUUCUAUUUUAUGCUCUUAUCUUUUUUUGUUUGUUUGUUUUUUCCUGUUAUUUUAAAUGGUUCCCAAACCAUGUUUUUUUGUAAUGAAUAAAUGUUUAUGCUGUACAGUCUCUGUAGCAUGCAGUUCUGUAUUAAUAAAAGCAACUUAGUAUGUGCA